UAAGUUUGUUUUGAUUUUGCAGACUGAUAAUAAUAACCUUUUUUUAUUUUAUUAACAUUAAUAUAGUAUAAUAAUAUAUAAUAACUUUAAAUAAAAUAAUUUAUGUAGCGAAUUAAUAAUGUUUGACGAAAGUUCAAAUAUAUCUGCUAAGACUUGGAAAAGAACUGUUGAAAACAUUAACAAGGUAGGAUACUCUGAUGGUGUUACGGAUGGACAAUCAUCUUCAUUCCAAUCUAGUUUUGACAUGGGAUAUGCACAAGGGCUAAGGUUCGGAUUACAAUUUGGAUAUAAAGCUUCAAACAACAAGCAAGUCUUUGAGACACAAUCAAGUGAUCCUCGUAAAAUAAACUGUCAGAUCUGCUUAAAAGGAGGUGCAUUGAUGGAGAAUGUUGUUAAUUUAUAUAACAUACAAAAGGAGAAAAAUGAAGAGUUUUUAAAAGAAUAGGACACUUAUUGGAUUAUAAGGAUUAAUUUUGCUGAAGUUAAAAUACAGAUUGAAUAUAAAUAAUCACAUAGAAAGAAUUAUUUCUCAUAAUUUUAUUUAUCUAAAUAAUUUUUCUUAUAUUCUAGAUUUUUUUUCUGGAGGAGGUUUCAUGUUCUCUUGUUUAAUCUCUGUUUUAAUUUCCAUAUGACCUUGCAUAUUACCAUUUGUCAUGUCUGAACUGAUGGGAUCCAAUGGUUCUUGUUUAAUUGUUAUGUUAUUUAAAGUGCCACCUGCUUCUUUCUCUGAAUUCUUAUCAUUUGUAUUUUCAGUCUUCACUGUAACACCAUUCUGCCAAAAGAAAUCUUAUUUAAUAAGUACAUAUUUUUUAAUUUAUUGAUUGAGAAUAUUUUUUUAGUAUGGAACUAAUCAAUCAAAAAAUGUAUCAAAUUUAAUAUAAACAAAAUAUCUAGCACAACGGUUGAAUAAAAAAAAUAAAAAAAAUUGUCACAUUUACUUUACCUGGUUUAUUGCAGUUUGAGUCACUGGUAAUGGAAAUUGUCGCACUAAUUCAGCUAAUAGCAUGUCCACCCUUUGUCUUUGAAACAAUGUUGAGGGCUCUUCUUUAGGUGUACUUGUAACUUCCUUUGGAGCAGAUUGUCCCAUAUUAAAAGGACCUAAAAUAAAAAAUCUUAUAAAUAACAAGGUUGUCAUCCCGUCAGUCCAAGCAGGACAUAGGACCCUAGUGUGAGAAGCAUAACAAGGUUUUUAUGUUUAAAUAAAAAUUUAAACACAUAAAUAUCUCUCUUGGUUUAGAUAAAUAAGAUAAAAAAUGUUACCUGCUAAAAAUUUACAUGAUUUUUUUAAAUUUUAAUAUAGAAUAUAUA